AUGGGGAAUUGAGGAAGCGUAUGCUGCCCUGGUGAGGAGAAACAUGAGGUCUCCGAUAUGACUACAACCGGCAAAGCUGGUUAUAAAUCAAAAAAGAAACCAAUCUCAGGCAAAGGAGCUUCUGUUAGCACAACCUCUAAGUCUCUUAAAGGACAAUUUGUAGAGGAAUAUGAGAAAGAAAGCAAGUCUAAAAAGAUUAAGAGGGAGAAACGUGAAACCCAAACAUUGAAAUCUGGUGCUGAUUACACUGGAGAAUGGAUCGGCACCAAACGAGACGGAGAAGGAGUCCAAGUCUGGAAGGACGGCUCAAGGUACGAAGGUACAUGGCUCGAUGACCAAGCUCACGGUUACGGUAAACUGUAUCAUGCCGACGGGGAUAUCUACGAAGGUGAGUGGAAAAACGAUAAAGCUCAUGGAAAAGGCAAAUACAUUCACUCUAAUGGUGCUACUUAUGAAGGAGACUGGGAGAAUGACAAACAACAUGGUAAAGGAGUCGAAACCUGGCCUGAUGGUGCCAGAUAUGAAGGAAACUAUGCAGAUGGAAAGAAAGAAGGCAAAGGAACCCUUUACUUUGCUGAUAAUUCUGUUUAUAAAGGGGAAUUCAAGAAUAAUGAGAUUAAUGGAACAGGAAGAUAUGAAUGGACUGAUGGGAAAGUAUAUAACGGUUCUUGGAUAAAUAAUAAAAUGAGUGGAGAAGGCAAGCUAGAAUGGAAAGAUGGCAAAUGUUAUGAAGGAGGAUUUGAAGAUGAUAAGAGACAUGGAAAAGGUAGAUUCCAGUGGGCUGAUAAUAGAGUCUACGAUGGAGAGUGGAGAAAUGGCAAGCAACAUGGAAAGGGUACUUUUGAAGGCUCUGAUGGAAAGACUAGAGAAGGAGAGUGGGUAGAAGGCAAACGUACGAGAUGGCUAUAA